UGCGCACGCCUGUGUAGUUUGGGUAAAAGUAACUGAGCUCGAACGAACACAAAACACUAUAGGAAUUAAUUGAAAUUCUCUCAAUGAAUUUGCAAAGGUCCAUCCACAGGACGAGAGAGCAUUUGUGUCUGGAGAGAGAUCUGGGAAGAAUACACUCAUAAUGAGCAAGAAACCUCCAAAUCGACCGGGUAUCACUUUUGAGGUUGGAGCCAGAGUUGAGGCCCAAGACUACCUACAGAAAUGGUACCCUUCACGAAUUGAGAAGAUUGAUUAUAAUGAGGGAAAGAUGCUUGUGCAUUUUGAUCGUUGGAGUCAUAGGUUUGAUGAAUGGAUUCUCUGGGACAGCAACAGACUUCGGCCAUUGGAGAGACCAACACUCCGCAAAGAGGGUGUCAAAGAAGAGGAGAUGUCUGAGAGACUCAGCGAGAUGAGACCAUCUCGCCUUCGUGAGCUUCCUGGAAGUACAGAGAGCACAGAGGACCAAAAAGACUUAUCCCAGCAGAGACAAGUAUUAAGAGAUGGUGAGGAAGUGCUUGCUCGAUGGACAGAUUGCCGCUAUUACCCUGCCAAGAUUGAAAGUUUCAACAAGGAAGGCUCUUACACUGUACAGUUUUAUGAUGGAGUAAUUCGCUGUGUGAAAAGAAUCCAUAUCAAGUCCAUGCCUGAAGAUGCAAAAGGACAACAGGACUGGAUUGCUCUAGUGAAGGCAGCCACAGCUGCAGCUAAGAGUAAAGGAGAGAACCGGCCUCGCACAAGUGCCAACAGCAACAAGGACAGAGAGGACAAGAAGGAACAGCGGUCAGAUGAAGAACUUGACAAUGAGGAGGAUGAAGAUACUGAAUCAGAGAAGCUCGCAGCAGACCUGGAGUCAGAAGGUGAGAACAGUAAACCAGCUGCUGAGGAGGUUGAAUCCACUGCAAUGAAGAGGAGAACCAAAAGACAAGGCAGCUUGUGCAGCAGUAAAAGGACUCGUCUUAACAAAGGGACGGGAUGUCCUGACAAUGAGCCUGAAAGCAAAACAGAGCCAAAAGAGCUUCCAAUGACUUCACAGCAGAAAGUGUCAGGAGCAGAAGCUAGUCUACCAGAGGAGAGACCCCAAUCUGCCAGAGCCCAGAAAGCCCCAGCAACACUUUCUACUCCUUCCCCAUGCAAGUCUCGCUCCAGGAGGCUUAAACAUGACUCCGGAGAGUCCACCUCCAGCAGCCAGAACACAGCCACAGCUCCUGAACCCAUUCCUUCACCCAUCUCGACACACACCCUCCCAGACAGCACACACACUGCCCCUCCCAACUCCCCCCAGAGAAGGAGACGAUCUCAGCGUUUAGCAGCAAGCUCUGACCAGACCUGCCCCACCUCACCGCACAUGAGGGAUUCCAUCUCCCACACUCCACCCCCAGAUAGCUCUCAGAAAACUGUUGAAGACCGCAGCACUGCAGUCGAAACUGAAGCUUCUUCCCAAAAGCCAGUUUCAGGAAGCACAUCUGCAGCCCCUCCCAUUGGCAGUGCUCAUUCACCAAUCACAGAGAAGGACAAGAUGACUGACAUGUUGCCUAGUAAUCAGACAUUGCCUGGAGAGAACUCCCCUUCUAUACUGACUGCUGCUGGUCAGAAAGUUCCGUCCAGGAUGCCUAAAGCCAACAAACACACCAGAGAGCCUAUCAUAAAUACCAAGAAGUCUGAUGACCCCACUGCUCCCAAUGAGUCUCAAAUAGACCUGGACCAUAAUAAAUUUAAGUGUAAAGUCCCUGGCUGCUCUAAAGCAUUCCGGAAAGCAAAGCUGCUGGACUAUCACCUGAAGUACUAUCAUAACACAGAGAAAGAAAUGGACACUGAGGUCUGCUCACCAGAGAGGGUGGGCCGCACCAGGGCUACUUCUGCAUCCAUGCCUACAAGCACCCUGUCUGAUAUAACAGACAACAAGAGACGCAGGACCGUCUCCACCUCUUCCUCUCUGUCAUCUCAGGGCUUCAUGCUUCAAAUGGACAGCACUGGCUAUGUGAGGCCUCCUAAGUUCUUUAAGAAGAAACGUUCCUCUGCUUCGGUCAGUUCAGACAGUACAGAGGUGUCCCUACCACCUCCACCCUUUGAGAAUCAACACGACAAGAUUCUCAAGAAGGACAAGCACCUGGAUGCAGCAGGAAUAUGUAUAAAGACUGAGCGGAAAUUCAAACUACAGGAGAAAUGUCAGUUGUUUGUGAAAAAGAGAGAUAAAGACAGGAGGGACAGAAAAGAGAAGGACCUUUUCAGAAUUAAACAGAAGAAAAAGAAAAAAAAGAAGAAGAAAACGAAACAGCACUGUUAUUCAGACCUGGAAGAGAUGUCAAUGGCUUACCUUGAGAGACCAUCUUCCCAGCUACACCGUUCUUCCUCCAGUGCCUUCUCCAAGCACAGCACCUGCCAAUACCCUCGUGCCAUACUGUCUGUCGACCUCACCGGGGAGAACCUGUCAGACAUUGACUUCCUGGAGGACUCGACCACUGAAAGUUUACUGUUCAGUGGAGAUGAGUAUAACCAGGAACUAGACUCUAUCACAAUGGAGGACUUCCAGGAUGAAGAUGAUAAUGGUGCUAAUGAGAUUGUCCGCUGUAUCUGUGAGAUGGAUGAAGAAAAUGGGUUCAUGAUUCAGUGUGAGGAGUGUAUGUGCUGGCAGCACAGUGUGUGUAUGGGACUUUUGGAGGAUAGCAUCCCCGACCAAUACAUCUGUUACAUCUGCAGAGAUCCCCCAGGUCAGAGGUGGAGUGCUAAAUACCGUCAUGAUAAAGACUGGCUCCAAAAGGGUCACAUGUAUGGCCUAUCCUUUCUCACAGAGAACUACUCUCAUCAGAAUGCCAAGAAGAUUGUAACCACUCACCAGCUACUGGCUGAUGUUUACAGUGUUAAAAGCCUUCUCCAUGGCCUUCAGCUCAAGAUGGACAUCUUACAGAACAAACAUAACCCAAGUUUGCACUUAUGGGCUCGGUCUUGGGUGAACUCUGAUGAAGACCAGCCUAUGGGUGGUGUUCCAGACUUCCUACAUUUUAAAGAGCACCUCAACCAGAACUUAAACCCAGAAACCUAUAUCACCAGCGAGCACAGCUACCAGAAACCUCCUGGAACAGGCCUUGAACAUCCUCAAAGGGAUGAGCAGGGAAACCAAACACCCUCACAAACCACACAAUUUAAUGUAAAGGAAGAAGAGGUAAGCAGUGCCAUUGCACUGACUAGCUGUGGAAAUGACAGCAACCUGAGGUCCACGGAACAGGCCAGGAACUGCCUGCAGUGGCAGAUGAACCUGCUUACACACAUAGAAGACAUUCAGAACCAGCUCUCGGGCCGCAUGGACCUCAUCGAGAAAGAGCUUGAUGUGCUGGAGAGUUGGUUGGACUUCACAGGUGAAUUGGAGCCUCCUGAUCCCCUGGCCCGUCUCCCACAGCUCAAGUGCCGGAUCAAACAACUUCUGACGGACCUGGGAAAAGUACAGCAGAUGAGCACCAUCUGCUCUUUGUGAUGCACCUAUACAACACACAUUACAGUGUGUGCUCUGUGCUUCUAUCACCAUCUUCUGUUUCUAAACACACAUGCUCUACAAGUUUGAGGAGAUGCAUUCAUUAAGAUGCUCCUAUUCAGUAGAUGUGUGAGUAACGCGGGACUUAGAAGAGAACAAAAGAGGAAAAUGAUGUGCUUGGCAAUGGACUAUUUUACAAUGCUUGCCACCACAAAGUUUGAGUUAAAGGAACAUUCACGCAUUAUGAAUGUGUGGAACAGGAAGAUGCAAGUGCAUACAUGCCUAGUCCAAAUUAACAUAUUAUCUGAUUAGUUGUCCAUCAAAAUAGAAAGGUCACUUUGGCAGAUUAAUUCUUUUAAAUGUUAACGGAAAGAAAAUGUCUAUUUUUAAAAUGACUGAAGAGAUUGCAUCACACUAAUGGCAGGUUAGCCGGAUAGCGGGUUAUUUUAGAGUUCAUUACAGUUUUGGUGUAAAAAAUGUAAUACUAAAAGCUUCGGCCACUCAAAAGGGGAAUGGUCUCUGAAGUGCCAAAAAACAGACCAAUGUGGUCCAUUUUUUCAGACAUAAUAAAUUGAGUUCAAGAUUUAAAUGUUAUUGAAAUGUUACUUUUUAGUCCAGGUUUAGGCUCAUUUGUGGUCUGAUACACUGGUACUACAGGUUCACAAUGACAGCAGACAUUUCUUCGAAAAUUGUUUUGAUACAAUAAUUCAUGGCAAAUACUUGCUUUCUCUGCAGUCUUGAUGGUUGCUGUAGUAAGUGGCAAGAAAACUAGCUACUCUUACAGCGGGUUAUCCCAUUAGUCCAGAGAUAGGGCACUCUUCUCACUAAGGUCUGUUUAUCAUGUUGAUACUUUGAGUUGCCGUUGAGUAAGCUAAUCCUGAGAUGGAUAUAAAUUCAUAUAACAGAUUAAUUUAGUUCUGUUUUUUUCUGGGGUGGGGUGGGGGGAGGGGUGUAAAUACAGUUUUAUAACUGUAAGAAGACACAAAAACUAAGGCAUAAGAAGACAAUACUUGAAAAUGCCUGUUUAAUCUCAAUUUAUAUUCAUCUGUAAAGAAGUGUUUUAGAUUUAGAUAUAAAACUUGAAGUUUCUUUUGAGAUACCAGCUGUACAUUAAAGAGUUUAUUUAAAGACAUGAUGUAAGUAUCUGUAUGUACAACUUCAUUAAAAAAAAUA